AUAUUCUGAUUUUGUUUCUAGGUCACUACUAGAGUUGAAACUCUGUGGUUAAUUUCUAUGUUCUGAUUCUGUUUCUAGUGGAAAGCUUAAAGGUUCACUUUCUCUUACCUUUUCAAUUUAUGAAAUGAAAGUUUGUUCCUAACGAAUGCUAUUAGGGAAUGAUGGAGCACCAUAGAGAAAUAGUAGACUACUUCAAUCGAAGGGGUGUUUCUGCCAUAUUUCUCUUGAGAAGAAAUCUGCUUCGAAGAAUGGUUUCAGUGCUAGCAAAUUCCCAUGAUCGCUAUGCCAAGCUAUUGAAUGGAACCCACAAGUCUCAUGUGCAUUCACAGGAAGAGGCUGAUGCACUCUCAAGUUUCAAACCAACAAUCAAUUCCACAUCGUUGAUGAGUGAUCUGAAGGAGGUGGCGAUGAAAGCUGCAAGGGCUUUGGAGUACUUCAAUAGCACCCGCCAUAUCAUUGUAUACUAUGAGGAUGUUGUUACAGACCCCACGAAACUAAAGGAUGUCCUGGAGUUUUUAAGUGUCCCACAGUUGGAAUUGACAAGCCGGCAGAUUAAGAUACACAAGGGUCCAUUGGCUGAACAUGUUAAGAAUUGGGAUGAAGUAUUCAAGACACUCAAUGGGACAGAAUACGAGCAAUUCCUCUGCAUGGACUACAAGGUCUAGCACCUGCUACUAAUCUGAGGAAUGGCAUGAAUGCCAAACCAUACUAACCAAGUUUUAUUGCUGAUGCUGACGAAGGAUAUGCAACCAUACAAACUGGACACUCACUGGGCUUUAAGAUUUUAGCUGUCACUAGACUGUGACAUCUCAUUGUUCUAGUAAGUUGGUUAUCAACAUUUAGCAAAACAAGUAGUUGGUUAUCAACACCCCGUUGAUCCCAUCAUUUCUUUCCCUUUGAAUUUCUUUUGAUUUAUAGAUAGCUUAUAUACAUUGCCUAAUGAAAUGAAAUUUUAAAGUAGAG